AUGCAUAUCAUUUCGUGUAAGUCUCUCUGUGUCCGUGUGCGUAUAAUAUAUCUAUCUAAAAGUUAUGCCGGUUAUAUCUAUCUAUCUAUCUAUCUAUCUAUCUAUCUAUCUAUCUAUCUAUCUAUCUAUCUAAUUCUGUCCAUAUCACUCUGUGCAAUUCUGUUCCGAUCUAUCUAUCUAUCUAUCUAUCUAUCUAUCUAUCUAUCUAAUUCUGUCCAUAUCACUCUGUGCAAUUCUGUUCCGAUCUCUCUAUCUAUCUAUCUAUCUAUCUAUCUAUCUAUCUAUCUAUCUAUCUAUUUUAAUUUGAUUUCAUUGCAUAAUAUUCAGUUAAUUAUUUUUUACAUUAAUAUUUUGAAAAAUAUCUAUCUAUCUAUCUAUCUAUCUAUCUAUCUAUCUAUCUUUCAUUUUCAUUUUUCCCUGAAUAAUUUUCACGGCUUCUCUUUCUUUUGCGUUUUCUUUCUUUCUUUCUUUCUUUCUUUCUUUCUUUCUUUCUUUCUUUCUUUCUUUUCUUUCUUUCUUUCUUUCCUUUUUUCUAUCUUUUAUCUUUUCUUAAACAUUUUCGUUCGUUUUCAUUUUUUUUUAUUGUGGAUAAAAUAUUUUCAUAAAUAUCUGAUCGAACCAUUUCUUCAUUUCUUUUUCUUUCUUUCUUUAUUUCAUUCUCUUUUUCUUUAUUUAUUUCUUUCUCUUUCUUUCAUUCUUACUUUCUCUUUUCUUUCUUUUUUUCUCUUUUCUUUCUUUUAUUCUCUUUUUCGUUCUUUCUUUCUUUCUCUUUAUUUUUCAUUCUCUCUCCCUUUUUUCUUUCUCUUUCAUUCAUUCUCUUUUUCUUUCUUUCUUUCUCUUCAUUUUUCAUUCUCUCUCUCUUUUUCUGUUUCUUUCUUUCAUUCUUUCAUUCUCUUUUUAUUGCCUUCGUUAUUUCAUUUUCUUUUUCUUUAUUUAUUUCUUUCUCUUUUCUUUCUUUUCAUUCUUUCUUUUUAUUUCCUUCUCUAUUUCUUUUUUAUUUUUUAUUUCUCUUUUCUUUUUUUUUCUUUCUUUUUUUGUCUUUCUUUCAUUCUCUUUUUCUUUCUUUAUUUAUUUCUCUUUAAUUUCUUUCUUUCUUUCUUUAUUUCUCUUGUAGUUUUUCAUUCUCUCUUUUUUUUUUUUUUUUUCUUUCUUUUCUUUUUCUCUUUUUCUUUAUUUAUUUCUUUCUUUUUCUUUCUUUCUUUUUUUUUUUUUCUUUCUUUUUCUUUUUUUCUUUUCUUUAUUUCUUUUUUUUUUUUUCUUUUCUUUCUUUCAUUUCUUUUCUUUUUUUUUUUUUUUCUUUUUCUUUUUCUUUCUUUCUUUCUCUCUUUUUUUUUUUUCAUUCUCUUUCUUUCAUUAUUCCAUUCUUUGAUUCUUUCUUUCCUUCUUUAA